GCAGAGCGGGCGUGUGAGAGUGAGAGCACCGCGAGAGUUCAGAGCUGCUUGCGUUCCCCUAGCGACCGGCCGCGGACCGCAGGCGCGUCUCUCCGGGCGGAGCCCCUCAAGUGGCCUGGCCAGGGUUGGAGCGAGACCCCAGCCGCAGGCCGGGGUGCCUUCCAGGCAGAGGAGACGGAUUCAGCGGGGCUCCAGACCAAGAUUGUUGAAAACCAGACAUAUGAUGAGCGUCUAGAGAUUAACGACUCCGAAGAGGUGGCAAAUAUUUAUACUCCAACCCCAAGAUACAGAGGACUUGCUCGUUCUGCCCAUCUUCCAAACAAGGCUAUGGCUGAUAACAGCAGUGAUGAGUAUGAAGAGGAAAAUAACAAGGAGAAGAAGAAGACCUUGCAGCUGACGCCUCAACAAGGCUUUAGUGAAAAUGACGAUGAUGAUGAUGACUCAUCAGAAACGGAUUCGGAUGAAGAUGAUGAUGAUGAAGAGCACGGAGCCCCGCUAGAAGGGGCCUAUGAUCCUGCCGAUUAUGAGCAUUUGCCAGUUUCUGCUGAGGUUAAAGAACUCUUCCAAUAUAUAAGUAGGUAUACACCUCAGUUGAUUGACCUGGACCACAAACUGAAACCUUUCAUUCCUGAUUUUAUCCCAGCUGUUGGGGAUAUUGAUGCAUUCUUAAAGGUCCCACGUCCUGAUGGGAAGCCUGACAACCUUGGCCUCUUGGUAUUAGAUGAGCCUUCUACAAAGCAGUCAGACCCUACAGUACUCUCACUCUGGUUAACAGAGAAUUCUAAACAGCACAACAUCACACAACACAUGAAAGUAAAGAGCCUGGAAGAUGCAGAAAAGAAUCCCAAAGCCAUUGACACAUGGAUUGAGAGCAUCUCUGAGUUGCAUCGUUCUAAGCCCCCUGCAACUGUACACUAUACCAGACCCAUGCCUGAUAUUGACACACUGAUGCAGGAAUGGUCCCCAGAGUUUGAGGAGCUUUUGGGCAAGGUGAGCCUGCCCACGGCCGAGAUCGACUGUAGCCUGGCGGCGUACAUCGACAUGAUCUGCGCCAUCCUAGACAUUCCUAUCUACAAGAGUCGGAUCCAGUCUCUCCACCUGCUCUUUUCCCUCUACUCCGAAUUCAAGAACUCGCAGCAUUUUAAAGCUCUAGCUGAAGGCAAGAAAGCAUUCACCCCUCCAUCCAAGCCCACCUCCCAAGCUGGAGACGCAGAGACAAUAACCUUCAGCUGAGGCACCUCCCGCGCACUUUGUCUCAAGGCCGAGCUGCUCCUCCAGCCCAGCGGAGGGGACGCUGUCGUCGGGCACCUGGCUCCUGGCCUGUGUCAUCUGGACUCGGGCAGUGUAUGCCCUGCCACCCUCCCUGCCAGGAAGCCCUGCACACUCGCUUCCUUCCUAUGGGAGCUUGUACCUCUACCGCCUGGGGGAUUUGAUUAGACAAACUGGAAUUUCUGGGACCCUGGGAUGCUCAGGUUAGAAGAAAAGUUAAAAGAUGUUCUUACAGCAAUGGAAUUAUUUUCUUUCAUUCUUAAGUGAGUUGGCAAAGAUUUUACAAAUAAAAUGCUCUUAUCUUUCAGGUUA